GGGAUGAACCGCCCUGCUCCUGUAGAGAUUGCAUACAAGAAUAUGAGAUUUCUUAUUGCGCACAGUCCAACCAAUGCCUCCUUAAACAAAUUCUUACAGGAACUUAAGAAGAACGGAGUUACUACCAUAGUAAGAGUGUGUGAAGCAACUUACAACACUGCCAUUUUGGAGAAAGAAGGCAUCCAGGUUCUGGACUGGCCUUUUAAUGAUGGUGCACCACCACCCAGCCACAUUGUUGAUAAGUGGUUAAAACUUAUAAGAAAGAAAUUUCGUCAAGAUCCUGGUUCUUGUAUUGCCGUUCACUGUGUCGCAGGUCUUGGGAGAGCUCCAGUGCUGGUUGCCGUAGCAUUAAUUGAACAUGGAAUGAAAUACGAAGACGCGGUGCAAUUCAUAAGACAAAAGCGACGUGGAGCUUUUAACAGGAAGCAACUUUUGUAUUUGGAGAAGUAUCGUCCUACACUGCUCUUUCGCCUCAGAAACUCCAGAUACAACUGUUUCAUUCAGUAA